GGGCCCGGGCCAUGGCCGCCGCCGACGCCGAGGCAGUUCCGGCCAAGGGGGAGGCGACGCAGGACUGCUGCGCGCGCACUGAGCUACUGGCGGAGGGAGCGGCCCCCAUGGCGGCGGACGACGGCGCGGCGGAGCAGCAGGGCGGCCCGGCGCCCGCGGCCGCGGAUGGAGACUCGGACGGGCCCUGCGAGGACGCGGCGGCCGAGCCGGCGGCCGAGGCGGCCCUCGCGGCGGAGAACGGGCUUCCGGACCGGGACGCCGAGCCGGGGCCGCAGAACCACGUCCGCGCCGACGGGCUCGCGCCGCCGGCCGCCGGCAGCAACGGCUUCUUCCCGGGCCGGCCCGCGCCGGCCGCGCCGCCCCCGCGCGCCGCCCCGGCCCCCGCGCUGCCCGGCCACGCCGCCAAGACGCUGCCCGCGGGCGCCGGCCGGGCCAGGACCCCGGGCGGCCCCGCGGCCGCCCCGCCCGCCAAGCCCGGGGACGCGGCGCGCGCGGCGGAGGACAGGCGGCCCGCGGCCCCCGGCGCCAAGGUGCACCGCGCGCGGAAGACCAUGCCCAAGGCCGCGCCCGGCCCGCACGCGGCGGGCCGGGACACCCGGGACACACGGGGGCCUGAGGAGCCGAGCGAGGAGCUGGGCGCCAGCGUUGCCGACUUCGGGCAGCAGCCGCUCCUGCCCCCCUACCCGGCCCUUCACCAGUCGCUACCUCAGAACCAGUGCUACGUGGCCACCGCCAGGUCGCAGACAGCGGCUGCAGUGUCCCGGAAGAAGAAGCGGAGAAUGGGCACCUACAGCCUGGUUCCCAAGAAGAAGACCAAAGUGCUGAAGCAGCGGACGGUGAUGGAGAUGUUCCAGGGCCUGGCCCACCCCGCCGCGGACGCCAAGGGCGAGAAGGACCUGGGCAGCGGCGCCCUGCACGUCAACGGGGAGAGCCUGGACCUGGACUCAGAGGAGGAGGACUCAGAGGACCUGGACGAGGACGAGGACCAUGGUGCCGAGCAGGCCGCGGCUUUCCCCACGGAGGACAGCCGCACCUCCAGGGAUAGCAUGUCCGAGACUGACCGGCCCCCGAAGGUGGAUGCCGAGUCUGAAGAGGAGCAGGAGUCGGCCGGCACCGGGGAGGAGGAGGAGGAGGACGACGAGUCCGACUUGAGCUCUGAGUCCAGCCUCAAGAAGAAGUUCCUCAAGAGGAGGGGAAAGCCAGACAGCCCCUGGGUCAAGCCCGCCAGGAAGAGGCGGAGGAGGAGUAAAAAGAAGCCAAGCAGUGUGCCUGGGCCCGACGUGUGCGCCUCGCCCUCAGGAAGCGUGGAGCCAGGUGCCCUGGGGGACAGCGCGGGCUACGUGGAGGUGUCCCUGGACUCCCUGGAUCUGCGGGUCACGGGCACGCUGCCCUCAGAAGGGCUGGCCAGCGGACCUGGCGCGGCCGAGUCGGACGGCCUCCAGGAGGUGCCCCUGUGCAGCUGCCGCAUGGAGACUCCCAAGAGCCGGGAGGUCAGCACGCUGGCCAACAGCCAGUGCAUGGCCACCGAGAGCGUGGACCACCAGCUGGGCAGGUGCACCAACAGCGUCGUCAAGCACGAACUGAUGCGUCCGUCCAGCAAGGCGCCGCUCCUGGUGCUGUGCGAGGACCACCGGGGCCGCAUGGUGAAGCACCAGUGCUGCCCUGGCUGUGGCUACUUCUGCUCGGCCGGGAGCUUUAUGGAGUGUCAGCCCGAGGGCAGCAUCUCCCACCGUUUUCACAAGGGCUGUGCCUCCCGCGUCAACAACGCCAGCUACUGUCCCCACUGCGGGGAGGAGGCCUCCAAGGCCAGGGAGGUGACCAUCGCCAAGGCCGACACCACCUCCAGCGCCACACCCACCCCCGGGCCUGAGAGAGGCUGCGCCGGAGAGGGCCGGGCCGACACCACCACAGGCAGCACGGUGGGACCCCUGCUCCCCGAGGAUGACAAGUUGCCUGGCGCCGCGCCCCUGGGGCCAGAGGGCUGCGACCUGGCGGGGCCCGCGGGGCUGGUGAAGCCUGCCGCCGGCCUGACCCCAGGGCCGGGGAAGGAGACGCUGGAGAGUGCCCUCAUCGCGCUGGACUCUGAGAAACCCAAGAAGCUCCGCUUCCACCCCAAGCAGCUGUACUUCUCUGCGCGGCAAGGGGAGCUGCAGAAGGUGCUGCUCAUGCUGGUGGACGGGAUUGACCCCAACUUCAAGAUGGAGCACCAGAGCAAGCGCUCGCCGCUGCAUGCGGCCGCAGAGGCCGGCCACGUGGACAUCUGCCACAUGCUCGUCCAGGCCGGCGCCAACAUCGACACCUGCUCGGAGGACCAGAGGACGCCCCUGAUGGAGGCGGCAGAGAACAACCACCUGGACGCCGUCAAGUACCUCAUCAAGGCCGGUGCCCUGGUGGACCCCAAGGACGCAGAGGGCUCCACAUGCUUGCACCUGGCUGCCAAGAAAGGCCACUAUGAUGUGGUCCAGUAUCUGCUUUCAAACGGACAGAUGGACGUCAACUGCCAGGACGACGGCGGCUGGACGCCCAUGAUUUGGGCCACCGAGUACAAGCACGUGGACCUGGUGCGGCUGCUGCUGUCCAAGGGGUCCGACAUCAACAUCCGGGACAAUGAGGAAAACAUCUGCCUGCACUGGGCAGCCUUCUCGGGCUGCGUGGACAUAGCCGAGAUCCUGCUGGCCGCCCGGUGUGACUUGCAUGCCGUGAACGUGCACGGGGACUCGCCCCUGCACAUUGCUGCCCGGGAGGACCGCUACGCCUGUGUGGUCCUCUUUCUUUCUCGGGAUUCAGAUGUUACCUUGAAGAACAAGGAGGGGGAGACGCCCCUGCAGUGCGCCAGCCUCCACUCCCAGGUGUGGCAUGCCCUGCAGACCAGCAAGGCCCUGCGGGACGCCGCUCCGGACAGGACAGGCCCCGUGGAGAGGACGGUGAGCAGAGACAUCGCCCGGGGCUACGAGCGUACCCCCAUCCCCUGCGUGAAUGCUGUGGACAGCGAGCCCUGCCCUAGCAACUACAAGUAUGUGUCACAGAGUUGCGUGACGUCCCCCAUGGACAUCGACAGGAACAUCACACACCUGCAGUACUGCGUGUGCGUGGACGACUGCUCCUCCAGCAACUGCAUGUGCGGCCAGCUCAGCGUGCGCUGCUGGUACGGCCAGGAUGGCCGGCUGCUGCCCGAGUUCAACAUGGCCGAGCCCCCGCUGCUGUUCGAGUGCAACCAUGCCUGCGCCUGCUGGAGAAGCUGCCGCAACCGCGUGGUGCAGAACGGGCUCAGGGCACGGCUGCAGCUCUACCGGACGCAGAGCAUGGGUUGGGGCGUCCGGCCCCUGCAGGACAUCCCCGCCGGCACCUUUGUCUGCGAGUACGUCGGGGAGCUCAUCUCUGACUCUGAAGCGGACGUGCGGGAGGAGGACUCUUACCUCUUCGACCUGGACAACAAGGACGGGGAGGUGUACUGCAUCGACGCACGUUUCUACGGCAACGUUAGCCGCUUCAUCAACCACCACUGCGAGCCCAACCUGGUGCCGGUGCGCGUGUUCAUGGCCCACCAGGACCUGCGCUUCCCCCGCAUCGCCUUCUUCAGCACCCGCCUCAUCGCCGCCGGGGAGCCGCUGGGGUUCGACUACGGGGAGCGCUUCUGGGACAUCAAGGGCAAGCUCUUCAGCUGCCGCUGCGGCUCCCCCAAGUGCCGGCACUCCAGCUCUGCCCUGGCCCAGCGGCAGGCCAGCGCCGCGCAGCAGGCCCCGGAGAACGGCCUGCCGGACACCAGCUCCUCCACGGACCCGUUAUGAAGCAGCGGCCGUGCCCGGCCGGGCAGUCCCUGGACUCUGGGCCCCACGUCCUGGCGCCUGGCCGACGGUGGCCGCGCGUCUGUACCCUCCGCGCUCCGUGACUGCAGCCCGGCGCCAGGCAGUGGACCCACGGGCACCCUCGAGGUCACUGGCCGUGCCGACCCCGGACGCCACCCCACGAGGCCGGCCGAGGUGAAGGGAGUGUGGCCCGCGCCUGAGGACGCCUCCUCCCCAUGUGGGCCGGGCGCUGUGCGGCCCAGAGGGCCCCCCACCUCUUGAUUUUUAAGCCACAUGCUAUGAUGAUGAAAACUGAUUUAUUUUCUACCAUCGUUGAACAUUAGGACAGAAAUUAAUACACGCGACGGUGCUGACCCCGGAGCCCUGCCCAGCGCGGGCUCCGGGCUGCGGGGGCGUCCCCGGCUGUGGUCUCGCGCGGCCGCCGUGCCCUCUCUUGGCCGCGGCCUGCCGGUCACGUACUUUUUUUUGGCAUAUACUUUUUUAAAUACUGUAAUUAGUGCAGUAAUCGUGGGUUUUGUGCGACUCUUCUAAAACAUUCACGAUGCAGUUACGUUUAUUUUUUCUGUUCAAGCGUUUUUGACGGUCCCAAGAGCAGUCUUUUGGCUCAGACCCCUUCUCCUUCUGUUUUCAAUGAAAUCAAUAAAAAGCCCUUUCCUGGAGGCUUUCCUCCACACGCUGCCGCGCGGUUCUG